AUGGUCAGAGCCGACGCCGGGCCCUCAGAGCAACCGACCGAGGGCCAGCGACGCGAUGAGGUGGCCGUCGUGAUCUUGCGUAAGUUCGUUUUUCUCUAAUACAAUACUGGGGCAAAAUCAUGAAAUAUUCCUAAUCUCGGAAACCGGCCAAACUGAACAGACCACAACUGCGAAUUAAUAAUGAAAGACUUUAAGUGAAAUGAAAACAUGAAAGAAGUACUAAGUUGUUUAGGAAUAACGAUUUAUUUCCGAAAAGAGGAAAUGUCGGGAGCGCCAAAAAUCAUUGUAAAUGAGAAAUACUGUUUGUACAUACAAAUACUUGAGUAAAUAAAAGAGAAUAAAUAGAAAAAAAAACGUUUUAAAAUGGUACUUUAGUGCAGUCAACAAUUUAUAAUAGUACUUUAAUAGGGUUUACAUUUUAAUAUCCGUCAAGAAUUAGUGUGGCAUUAAGUACGGCAGUUAGUCAACAGCCUGCAGUUUUCAAAACGGUCUGACAAGAAUUUGUUAUAAUUUUACCGUUUUUUCAUUGAUGCAGUUUACUAAGGCAAGAAUGACUUUGCUCAAUUUCGUUGAUAAGGCCGUCACAGGAAUAACAGUUUUCACAAGGUCAAGACAGGUUGGCUGCUAAUUAGGGGAUUUGGUUGAAAUUAGCGGAUGAAAUCAUAUGCAUACCGUCUUUUUGCCUAAGAGAGCUUUGCUUCCGUAAAAUUGCAGUAUGCGUUUGGUGAUGGUGAGAUCUGUUGACCUUCAGAGUGUCGUUAAAUAUCAGUAAAUACUUUGGGGUUUCAGUGUUCUCAAUCGACUGCCCGGAAGGAUAGGUUUCGUACUAUGUGUUUAUCAAAACCUUCAAAGUUGGAAACGUUUUUGGCGGAUGAGAUUACUUGGAAACAUAUUAUGCACAAAAGUACACCCAAGUCUUAGGUGGCCCGAAAUAAUCGGCGACGAUCGGGAGAAGGACUCCAAACACACGCACGACCAGCCAAAGGUGCCUGUCUUACGGGAAAGGUGGUAAUAGGAGUUUUAUGGGCGGGCCCUAUGUAUGCAUAGAGAAUGGCAAAAUAAGUAUAGAUAAUUGGUAAAUUCGUUUUUCGGGCGGAAAAGGUUUAAGGCAUAUACAUAUAUAUAUAUAUAUAUAUAUAUAUAUACUGUCUAGAACGAUCGCUUCUCAACUCUCUGAGCUGAGGUCAUUGUAGAUAAUGCACCAGACAGUCUACAACAGACGACCCAACCUUGUACGAUGAAAUACCAAACCGAAAUAAUCGUGUCGGACUAAAAACCCACUUAAAUAAGUAUAGUAGGUAUUUUUUGUAUGCCACAGAGGCUUUGGGGCCCUUCACCCGAUCCUUACCAAAUAAUCAUCCAGACUCCCGUCAUCGCGUUUCAUGAGUUAGGCCACAUGUUGUACAGUUCAUUGGCUAGUUGACGGGGUCCUUCUGUUUACCUCCUCCAGCUUAGCAGACCUGUGGAUGCUGAUAGCGGUUUUGUCCACUGCGGUAAUGUGCUGUGGGGUUAAUUCCUGACUUUUAGUCUGAAUUUUUUUAAAUGAGAUGAUUUUUGCAUUUUAACAAUCGUUUAAUAAUACCCUACGGAGUCUUGGACUUUAACAAUAAUAUUUUACCGGACCGUUUUGCUAUAAAACUUUCCCCUUCCUGCCCGCCUCGCAAACAGCGCCACCGCCAACUGUCUUCAUCCCACGCAACGCCAGUGUGGAACCGGGGGGUAUGGCCCGACUCACCUGCAGUGUCUUCACACAUGCGAGCGAAGUGGCCAUCAACUGGUACCGUGGGCAUGAUGUGCGUUUCAAGGUCAAGGAUGGCCGUCGACACCAGAUUCGUACCUCGCCUGGGGAGCCAACUCCAGCCGGGCGAACCUUUACCAGCACACUAACUAUAGUGUGAGUUGCAAGUGAUUACGCUGGCCCUGGCAGCAAGGGCAUCGGCCAAGGCUCGUGUUUGGUUGAAUUUUUAGUGAUAUGCUGAUGUGUUUCGGUCACCUGGGCACCUUCACGCUCACUGUUGUUGCAGCUCCUAAUGCUUUUUUUUCAAUAACUUCCUCUCAGAUAUUACCCAGCGAACGCGCGAUGCCUUUAUGGAGGCUGCCUGGCUACUUAUGUUUUAUCAGUAGCCCUUUACUUAUAACCUUAGUAGGUGGAAGGCGAAACGCACCCAUCCUCCAGUUAACAAAAGUGGAAAGCUCUUGGUUGACUGUACAAACUACCACAUAAUCCCUUGUUUCCCGGACUACUAUUCGUGCUUGACUUUAGUCAUUUGAUCAGGCGGGACUAAACUUCGUCCCCUAUUCACACACCUCGCAUGUAUGAAAAACGAACCUUUCGCUCGCACGUUUUACUUCGUACCUCGUUCCACUAUAAAUGUGCUGGCCCGAUGAGAAUUUAUCAAAAGCACGCGUAUGCUCGCCAUCUGGUCUUCCGACUGUUAUUAUUUGCUUGAAUUUUCCAUUUUGUUCUCUCUUAAUUUGACGCUAUCUUACUGGCGGAACGUUUGGUUGUAGGUGUAAAAUCUAUUUUGUUUCGGAUUAGGUAUUUAUUCUAUUUUUCUCAAAAUCGGUCCCCUCUAGCAGAAAUUCGAAGAACCAAUGCUUUUAGAAGUGGAAAUUAUGGCUCGCAAUUGAAAAGAGUAUUUCAAGCGACGAUUUUAUCGGAUUAGAUAGGAUACCCGUUAGUCAGUUGAUCGAUCUAAAUUCUGUGUCCCUUGACUCUGUGAUCAAUAAUAUCUCCUUUUUUCAGGGAGGCCCAAGACGUCGACGUUGGCAAGUACAUUUGUGAGGCAGAACACAAGGGAGGCGUCAGUUCAGCCGAUGGUUUCGUCAUCAUCCAUGGUACGUUUAGCAACUGAAAGUCGACAGGAAUUAAGGCCUCAGGGAUACCUCCAUUUUAUCAUCGAUUAAAUUUUAAUAGCCACGCGUAGAGCACCGAAACUCUGGAAAGGUCUUGCUGACGUCCUAAUUAUGCAUGAAAAUGGAAAAUACUGCCCUAUGGACAAGUUAAGCACAUGCCAAAUAAAAUGACUCCGAAUACUGGGUGUAGGGUAUUUUUAAAUAAAUGAUCAUAAGGAAGCAUUUUCCGGAAUUCUUUUCGAGUUAAACUGGUCCGUGAAAAAGGCACGUUUUGAAAUAACUCUCAUCUUUUUGGAAAGUUUGCCCGCUUGACGCUUAGUUUUGAUAUUCUCCGGUGCCUGGCAAAAGCGGCCUAUAUAUUUGGUAAUAUUGAGAUAUUCACUAUGCCAAUUCGAGUAGUAUUAAAGUAAUUGGUAAGUUAAUUCGCCCGAAUGCAAAAGUGCACUGGCUCAUCUGAGAAGCAGCUCCAUGUGCGGAUUUCUAACGUGGACUCGAAAUGUCCAUUCACGUCGCGCAGUCAGGGUAGACUAGCGCAUUCGGCUUCGAAUAUUCCCUAUCCCCACCGGCAGAAUGUAGGUAUAUGGCUCGGUCGGUAGAGCAUUUCCCCCAAAGUUGCCCGAUGUCCAACUGACUCAGGUUCUAGCCCUAACGCCUGGUCUAGUGUUGGGUACCUCGGACGGAGAACAAGCCAGAUAUGACCAUUCCGAUGCUAGAUUUCAGAAAGGCAUGAUUUUCUGUUAAUUGAUUUGAGGAAUUAAACCCACGAUUAAUCAAUUCCUAAUCAUGUUCACAGCAAAACUUAGAAAGUUGUGCCUAGACGGUGGAUUGGUUUUUAUGUCAGGCCAUCACAUGUGGUCGAUGCGAAUUUCGCAACCCGGCGCAUGCAAUCCUUUCUGUUUUAAUAUAUAUUUAAUCAUCCCCUGUGAACUUUCUUUAACCCCCGAUAAAGAUAUCCGAAAAAUUUCUGAUACCAGAUCAUUACUGAUUGCCAGCCACCUUUAAAGAACCAGGUGAAUCAGUUGGUAGUAGCAAUGACCGUGGCAGUAGUAAUGGUUCUAGUUUUAAUAUUGUUACUGUUUGUAUGCUACUAGUAACAAGAACGAUAGGUGUGUUGUAUAAGUUGCAGCGAAAGAAGUUGUGAGGGUAGUAGAGACAACGGUAAUUGUAAUCGUAGUAUUUUAAGUAUUGUUAAUACUGGCGGCAUUGAUUAUAGAAAUAUUGUAUGUCUUGGAAAUUUACCGAGGCAAGGGUAGUGUUCUUGAUGAUCCUAUUAUCAGUAAUAGGGUUUUGGAUGAUAGAAAUAAAAUUACUAGUAACAACAUCAGUAGUUAAAGCAUUAUUAAUGGUAAUGGCGCUGAUAUUUGCAAUGGUAGUGCUAUUAGUACAGGUUGGAAUAUUAGUAUUGUUAUAGCGGUGCUAGUAUUCGUAAUGGUAUCAGUGCUGACAGUUAGAACGUCGAUUUCGCCGAUGUCCACCGUGUGCUCCACAGCAGAGCGAAAACUGAGACGGUGACUUGUGCGUGGGCUGACGGUAUCACUAGUACUAUUAGUGGGAAUAACAACAGCACCACUGGUAUCGGUAUUACUUAAGUACUUUUAGUAGUAGUAGUAGUAGUAGUAGCAGGCAAUGUUUGUUGGAAGAGAAAUUAGAUUUAAGUGAUCGUUUCCGUCUUGGCUGCAUACAUCAGUCCACAGUGCCAUGAACGCUUACAAUGUGCGCGUCCACCAAUUGCAUUUUUGCAAAGCAAAGUUCCUGAGAUUGUUAACCGAUGAACAGUUUUUUUUUUAUCAAAGUCCGGCAUGUCACAUGGGACAUGCAUAUGGGAUUCUGUUCUCUCCCUUUAAAUUUCACAACUUCGCCGUAAUGUUUUUUUCUGUUCGACAGCUCACCCAUCAGUUUGUUUCAGUGUUUAGUGAUUUUUGUCAUCUACCUAAUUUUUUUCAAACUCCCCGUCAACCUACGUGGUCAAGAAGAGGAUGAGCUGAGUAGGCAGGAACCCCUCUAUUCCGUUUCUAGGCAACGAACUUUAUUUAACUUCACCGAGCAGAUUCCGAGAACAUAAAUUGUAAGAAGUAGCAAAGCCAGGAACACAAUUAGACACGACAAGGGCCGUUCGCGAUUGACUCCUAAACAAGUCCAGUCCGAUUAGCUCCGCCUAGAUGUGUUUAGCAGUUUUUGACCACGUGCACAAUGAGGCCAAAAAGUACAUUUAAAAACUUGGUGUUUGAAUGUGAAGAUGUUUAUUCCUACCUGGCAGGAAUCAUAGCGACCACGCCCAUGCAGCGCACCAACUUAGUCCAGCCCUCUUGAGGGAGGAUUUUGACACGUCGUGGUCUGGAAUAACACAUUAAACAGAUUUUGCAUGCUUAGACCCUAAUGCCUCCGUCAUUAAAGAUUGCUUUGGAACUAUAAGAUAUCAUACUAGCAGCACGGAUACUAGCUAAAAGUCCAGACACGCGUGUUUCGCCGAUGUUCUGCCGCUGCAAGGCACAGCUGCCAGGGAUUCGGCUCGUCAGUGGGUACCCCAGCAUUCUCUGUGUGUUUUUUGGUAGACACUCCAGUGUAUAAAUUGUUGCUUUUUAAUUUUCUCAAACGUUAACUGCCAACUUGGAGUAGACCAGUUUAUACUAGGAUCUAUAGGCGCAGACCAAAAUUUCUAUGCGUGCAUAUUUGGGCCAAAUUCCAUCAGUCACAGCGGGUAACCGCGUAAUAUUCAUUAGCUGCCGACAGGCAGUUAAUACUAUACUUUAUGGUAAGGUGAUAUUAGAAUAACAGCACAGCUGCAGCUGUGCCAUGCAGCGGCAGAAUAUCGGCAAAACACUCGUUCAUGGGCUUUUAAAUAAUACCUGCGUUGCGUGUAUGGUAUAUUCUAAAGCUAAAAUAUACUACUAACUGCCUGUUGGCAGUUAAUGAAUAUUACGCGGUUACUCGCUGUGGCUGAUAGACUUCGGCCCAAAUAUUCAUGCAUAAAAAACUGGGGUUUGAGCCCAUAGAUCUUAAAUAUACUGAGCUACUUCGAGUUCGUAGUUCAUUUCUAAGGAAAUUAAAAAGCAGCAAUUUCUAAAUUGGCGUAUCUAUCAGAAAAGAGACGGGGAACGCUGGGGAACCCACUGACGACCUGAACCCCUCACAGCUGCGCCAUGCAACUGCAGAAUAUCGGCGAAACACGCGUGUAUGGGCUUUGGGCAACUACCUGCGCUAUUAGUAUGGUGUCGCCUUACCCUAAAGUAUACUUCAAGCAGCCUGUCGGCAGUUAAUGAAUAUUACGCGGUUACCGGCCGUGGCUGAUGGACUUCGGACCAAAUAUUCAUUUAUACAUAAAAUCGUCGGUCUGAGUCUAUAGUCCUUGAAUAAACUGAUCUACUCCAAGUUCGUAGAUAAUUUCUGAGGAAAUUAAGAAACAGCAGUAUAGAUUAUAUUCGAGGCUUUCUGUUCUUUUACUUUCAGUUCGCCCCACUGUCGUUGCGGAGAGCACUGAUGUCGAGUUCAAGGAGGGCGGACGCAUCGUCCUUUCAUGUCGCGCUGAAGGUCAUCCUCCACCAAAGAUUACUUGGAGUUUCAACGAUGUGCCUAUUCCUGAGACUAGCAGAGAGGCGCUUCAACCGGGCGUCGAAGCACCGAGAAUAACCAUUCUGGAUGAUUAUAUGGUAAGUGUGACUAGAAUUCUUGCAUUUCGUUGUGCGAACAAUUUGUUCCCUCACUGGUCUGCUGAGUGUUUCCACGGUCUCGUAGGAGCUAGGUUCACAUACCUUGAGCUCAUCCAAUUAAACAUACGAACUUUAGUUGCAAAGUCCUCAGGGAGUCAACUUAAAAACGCUCUUUGCUGUUAAUGCGGUCCCUCCGACCUUCAUUACAAUGUUCUGUCUACAAAAUAUAGAUCAAGCAAAAAAUCGUUGGCAUAUGCCAAAACGAUGCACCAAUCACUGUGUUGGUUUGGCGAGUAGGCACCUGAGGAUGAAGGUCAAAGUUGGUCCAAGUGACGACAUCUGGAUGACUAAUAAAACUGGAAGGCUGAGCUCUUCUUACAUCUGUUAACAUCAGUUUAGUGCAAAUGAUAGUUUUGAAAAUGAAAAAAAAACAAAAUUCGUACUAUCAGAUCUCCCUGCAGUAAAAUUGUUUCGUGCUUACUCCUCUGAAUGGAAUUAUACAAGCGAAAUGCUCUUUCAAAACAAUCAGCGCCAAUUAGCUUUGAUUCUGUACUUUGGACUGCUUAGUUCGUUCUUUAUGACGGCUUCCGAAAAUAUACAUUUUAGGAAGUGCAAUAGAAAUCAAAUGGUUCCAAUCCUACUCAUAAAUAUGAUAUAACUUUUCAUGAAAUAAACUGAUAUUUUGUGAUUUUGUUAUCUUUCGAAUGCCGUCUUUAUUUAAAGGAAUCGCGCUUAAUAAUUUCGCCGACUGAAGCCUCCGAUGCCGGUCGUUAUUCGUGCCACGCUGCCAAUUCUGCCGGUGAGGAGAAGGCAAUAAUGAACGCCAAAUUCGUGGCCAGACCCGAAAUCAUUCGACUCGAAUCCCAGCGUGAGCUGCCACAAGAAGGCGAGUCACAGACGUUGCGCUGCCUCGCAACAGGCCAACCCCAGCCCAUCAUCAAGUGGGAAUUCAACGGCAGUCCGGUUCGUUGACUUGUAUUCAUAGUGACUUUGCUACCUUCCAUAAAUAAGUAGGCAUUUUAGUUUCAUUUCAUUUCUGUGACUUUUAAACGUGAAUAUGCGGUAGUUUUAGUGCUGCUGCCCUGCCGAGCAGAAAUCACCGGCUCGGCUUCUUCCCUGUUUUCGUAAGGCCCCGAUUAUGAUGCUAAGUUGGCAGAUUAGUCGAAAUGUUAACUAUUUUGCAAUUAUUUUAGGUCGGCCAGAGCGCCAACAUUCGUGUUAAUGAGACGACAGGUGAACUUAUGAUCAUGCAGGUAAAGAGGGAUAUGUCUGGCAAGUGGACUUGUGUGGCUGAGAAUGUCGCUGGGACCACGCGUUCCUCAAUUUCGUUGGACGUUGGCUGUGAGUUUACUCUAGAAUAAGCUGUGCUCCUCUCUACUCGAAGGAUAAUUACCCGUUCUCACAUGCUCCGUCCCAUUCCAUCUCCGAUUCAUUGUAGACAAACCAAAAAUGGAUACAGGCUCGAUGCACGACAGGGUUCUGGCUGAAUAUGAGGCGGAUCUAAUCGUCCCUUGCUACGUUGAAGGCCAUCCCGUACCACAAAUAAAGUGGUAUAAACUGGUGGGAUCCACCCAGGUGCCCGUGAGCUAUGGUGAUCGAUACACUCUGGAAGCGGACAAUUCCCUACACAUUCGAAGUAAGCCUCGGAUAAUGUUUAAAAAAUGUUGUUUUGAAUACUUAAACCAUCUUCCCCAAGCAAAGCGUUAGUUGCAGAAGUAAUUCAGAUGAAACAUGAAAAUAGGAACUCUCCUCUUAAACUAAAAUUGACAAAUGCUCCCUAAUUUGAUUUCGGUAGCUUGAUACAUGCUAUCAAUAAUCUCUAACUUUCAUAUGCCAAAACAUUCAAAUUUAAGGGGUCUUGAUCGUUGCAUACUCACAAGAUUAAAAAUAUAUGUGUCUCUACAACUCCCCCCUGCCCCGCCCGACAUCAUUUCUUAAUCUGAUAUAAUUGAAUUUUGGCAAAUGAUUAUCCUUUUCUCUAAUUUAGAUGUCGACAUGGAGGAUGGUACAACAUUUAUUUGUGAGGCCUCAAAUACCUACGGCAGAGAUCAGCAUCACGUUACGGUGGAACUUGGCGGUAUAAGUAAGUGCUCUCCUCCACCAGGUUAAGGAUCCGUUGUCUGGUUCAGCAGAAAACUAGACCACGGGAGGCAAUCGCCAUUAAACAGCCCCAUUUAUUUUGCCGUGCUUUAGACACUUAAUAAUCAAAAACUGGGUAAAUUUUAAUGCCACCAACCGCAUUUCCAACGUAGAUGCACAUUUUUAGUAAGAUUGCAGCAAAUUCGAUAUUCUAGUAAAUACGUAUUCAGCACUACUGUUAAAAUGGCGAGUUACACACACGGUUUCAUUAAUGCUCAACUAAGAUGUUUAUCUUUACUUUUAGAUAGGCCCAAAAGAUUUCAUAUCUCACAAAGAGUUCUGUGAUUGUCCGGUUAUUUCAAUAUAUCUUUUUGUUUCCCGAGUUUCGUAGCGUUGUAGGUGUUAUAAGUAAGUUAUCAAAGUGGAAUUGUUUUGGGUCUACUACUGAAACGCUGAACUACUCAAGUGACCUUAAUAUAGUCGAGUCAAAAAGUUCAUUGGUAUUCUCUGCUGGGGUCCAAAAGUUACCGUUUCUAAUCCUUUUAAAAUAUUUUCAGCCGGCUUCGAAUCAUGGAAACCUUUGGUUCGUCUAUUCGGCUAGAUCGCAGUUGAUAGCCCGGACCCGUAUUACAGGUGACUGGGGGAUUUGUUUACGGGGGUUAUUUUGUGGGGCUCCAUAAUCACAUGUGACACAUUUGGCUUCCGUUGUACGUUUGAGGUUAGGAGUAGGGUACCGGUUAAUGGUUUCCGAUUUUCCGCUUACGGUUAUGCAUUAAGGCUUAGGUUUCCGGGUUAUGGUUAGGGUUUGAGCGUACGAAUAUGUUUCAGUAUUACGAUUAGGCUUCUCAGUUACGGCCAUGUCUAAGGACCACGGUUACGUUUACGACUUCGGCUAGGGUUAGGGUUAGCGGUUAACAGUAACGGUUGAGGUUAGGGUUAGGGUUGAAAUUAGGAUUAGGGUUAAGGUCGCCGUCCGCUUCCUAUUCCGGGCUACCAACUGCGAUCUAGCCGACUAUUUGAAUAACAUUGCUACGCCUCAUUCUACCGGUUUGUAUUCUAUGACAACUUCAUUGUUGACGUCCACUGAUUAAACCAUAAAAUUCAUUAGCCCUUGUCAGUGACCGGUCGAUAACCUUCAAAAUGGAAUUGGCUGGGAAAGUAACCCUAAGUCACUUCAUGUACCAUUGCUUUCUUGCUUCUGAAUGUGCAUCCUUUGAAGCAUCUGAGUGAACGGAACUUGGAAAUAAUGACUGCUCAACAAAGACAGUAAUUGUUCACGCUUCUGGUGCCUUUAAUAGCAAUCUCAUUUCUCAAAAAACAACGCGCAAUAAGCCCCCCUCUUAUGCGCGGUCUAUAGAUAAUUAAAUGACUUUUAAGCAGAGUAAAUUAAUGUGCAGAUCAUUUCUGUCAUAUGAAUAUUAACUCGCACUCCCGCAUUCCAGAUUAUAUACUACCCACUUUUCUUGUGAAAAAUUCAUGUAAGUUGCGAAUGUCUAGAAAGGAAAUUUCACUUCUCAAAAAUGUUCCAAUAAACAAAAUCAUUUAACAGAACGGGAUUUACGAGCAAGAUCAACACGCAGGUAUCUUAAAAAGUCUUGCAGUCGAAAAGUGAUUAGUUCUAGAAGGAGGUUAUUUCCUAUGAUCUGACCAUAAAAGACAACUCUUUGUUUUUUAUUUCUCUAGAAUAUGGUUAACUCCUCACAACUAUAAAAAAACAAACCGAGUAAAUGGGCAAUAAUUUAAUGGUGCUUUUUGUGAAUUUAACUGGCCCAGAUGCCCAAAAGGAUGCGCAGUCGUAAACAAUCAUAUAACUCUAUGUUUAUAUGAUUUCGCUACCCUCAUCGGCGAGUACUUUUCACUUGAAAACGUAUGAAACCUUUUUAAUCAACUUUUCUCAAGUUUCGACGUAUAUUUUCACCUACGACAGUUACACCUCGUCUCUCUCUCAUUAAAAAUACGGAGGGCUGACUUGUUCUCACAGAUAAAAUUCAGGGUCCUGUAAGCAGUGGGGGAUUCGAAUAGGCUGGGUAUGUACCGCGUUAGGCGUUAUGUCAAAAACUUGAUCUACAGUGGUCACCCAUGCCAUUCCUAAGCUCACCAAUUUCGUAUUUCCAUGGAGUCCAAAAAGGCCAAUUAAGGGUAAUGAAAUGAACAGACCUGUAAGGAUCGAGCCCUGGCUUACCAGUUCUGACGGGGCUGAAAACUGCACGGAGGCGAGUCGAGGCUCUCAAAACGAGUAAAAGACAAUGCCGGUAAAUGAUCAUGGAUGACCUCUACACUGAACAAUGCUCACUGGUAACAUAUUGAAGUCGGAAAGGUAAUAUUGCUAGCGUUGGCAUAGGUUGAACACUCAUCGACAACCACGAGGUCUGAAAGAAUGCUUAGGCAGCUGCUAGUAUAUGCCAACCGCUUUCUUUUCCAAUCAGUUCGCAAACUUUUAAUAAGAAAAAAGUACUACGUAUUUUCCAAAGUAGCAAGUAAUUGGAUGAAUUAAAAGCCGAGAAUUCAGUUCUAUCUUCAUGAUGCUUGACAGAGGCGCCGACCAUCUCCUUCACCGACCCACGCCAGGUUAUCCUCGAGGGCAGCGCCGAAAAGGUGCUAACCUGCUACGUUCUGGAUGCAAAGCCACCUGCCACGGUGAUCUGGCUGAAGGACAGUCAGGAACUCGAUCUCAGUUCGCCAAGAUACAGCGUUGUCGACAACAAUCUGAUCAUCAGAAAUGUCAGGGUGAGUCACCGUUCUGUUUUUUCUAUCUUUUUCCAGAAACGAAAACGUACUGUUAACCGUUGACUGUACAUUUUUGAACUUUCCGCUUCUCUUGAGUGGCUACUAACGGCGUAAUAAGUAUGACAUCUGACGGUUUAGCUAAGCAGAUUAAAAAUUUGAGUUUUUUAUCUUUGGAGAUUGUACUACCAUUGCGGUAAAUGUGGUAAUAACAAAGUAUUCAUAAAUGUGGGUGAAAUCAUUAAAAAGUCUUUAAAUUAUCAGAUUUACGGUUGAGAUAUUGUUAUGUUUCAGUUAUUAGAUUUCAGGAAGACGAAACUGCCUACAGAACGGGAAACGAGAAUGUAUUCUAACAUUUUUAGCGGAAUAUUAUUUGGUUCGACCAAAUUAUUUAAAAGUGGGUUUUGUCAGGUUGGUCUCGUGACUAUAAAUGUCACAAUGGAAAGCCAAUGUGUAACAGCAACCGCAUUAUCUAGAGGAGUAGCAGUAUUUUCCGUUUCUGACUAAAAUUAAGGAUUUCAAUCGACGGGAAAUGGUUCUUUGGAAUAAACAGCAUAAAACUAUGCCUAAUCUUAUCUGUUUACAUUACCACGAUCGUGUUAGUUUCUGUACUUUUCCUAAAUCAGUUCAGAAGGUCAUAAUAUGUUGAAUCUCGCCAACACCUGUUGGAUGAAAUUUGGACCAUGUCUUUCGCAUGCCCCGCGGAGUAAGUGUAGCGCCGUGGACCUGCACACAAAUUAGUUGAUUCUCUAGCGGACUUGUACUGCAUCUACUUCACUCUCUCCCUCCCCACCCACCUGACUCCGAUGUCGAGACAGUGUCAGGACAACCGGAGAUAGACAUGAGUGUCGGCUGAGGAUAGUUUUACGUACACAGGCCCGUUCCGUUUGAGCCGAAAUUCAUUCAGUGAUGGAGCUAUCUUGUAAGAACAUCCAAGCACUCGAGCUUAUGUUUUGUCCGUAAAACUAGAACCGGUGAGAUGUCUUUGGCCAACACUAGCCGUACCCAUGAGCCCUAACCACCCUCCGAAACGGCAGUCUGUUCACAGUUUUCGAUGGUAGGUUCUGGGUCUUGCGUUAUGCACUGGUACUCCUGACAUGUCCAUGCAAGCUAAUUUUGAUCUGAAAUAUGCGAUGGCAAUACACGGAUUGAUUGGUCGAUUUUUACAGUAGUUUUCUGCGUAGUCUUGAUGAUACUCUUGCAGUUCACGCAUAGAUGGCCGGCUGCAGCGCUCAGAGCCUUGGAUGUACAUUGGUACACUUUGGUAGGGGGCACUCACCGAUCGUUCUCACGAAACUCACUCGUUCCGUUGUGCCUUACGGGCUCUCUCUCGAGCCCAACCAGCAGCUGCACAGCGGCGCAUGACAUAUAGGCAGUAUGUUAUUACGGAACAAAAUAAGGGAGACUGGAAUGGUCAUUUCUGGCUUAUUAGCCGUCGUCAGCCAGUCAUACCCAACCCCAAAGUGUGGAACACUCGAGGCUCGAGUUCGUGACCUGUUAGUCAGAAGUUCACGCCUCUAACCAUUGUAUAUUCCCUAUCGAAACCGACAGGGCAACUGGCUCGUGGCCCAGUGGUUAGAGGCCUGGACUUCUAAGUAACAGGUCGCAAGUUCGAGUCCCAGGUGUUCCACACUUCGGGGUUGGGUGUGGCUGGCUGACGACGACUAAUAAGCCAGAAGUGGCCAUUCCAGAUUCCGGUAAUAAGAUAUUGGUUGACUUGUUUGCUCUUGUCAGCGUUGAGCGGUAUUCCUGUCGAUUUCACCUGGCUGGCGACAAUUCAUUUAGCUCAGACAAUUGACUUCCCACUUUCCCUGUCAAACAAGGCUACCUGUUGGCUGGCCUUGUGAGAGGGUUUCCUUUUUCCAUCCUUGUUCGCCAGCGCACGCAAAACAGUCGUUUCACUGAAACCGGGCUGUUUCAGUACGCUGAGGACACUCCGCAUUCUCAAUGACCAGAAAAACACGCUAAUCGAUAACGAGAUCCAUAUGAUGGAGUUUACUUGUGUCUUUUUUGCUAUUUCAAACCUUUAAAGAUGGAAGACGAGGGCGUUUAUACGUGUGUGGCAAGGAAUGUCGUCGGACGCUCGAAGAUCGACAUCGAGCUUGACGUUCAAAGUAAGAUUACGUGCUACCUUUUCCUUCACUUUCUGCCCUUUCCAUUGGGCCUGCUCGGUUUUCCUGAAAUUGCAUAUUUCGCCUCUUGUUUGAAGCUUUCAAACAAUCUCCUGCCUUAUUAAUUACUUUGAUGCAGCAUGUGGCCUUUGAUUGGAAACCUACCUUUUUCCUAUUUCUGUCCUACGAUAAGGAAAAGAUCGGUGAAUUACACUCUGAAAUUACUUUGUAUCCCUCCUGAUCUUCACCUGGACGUAACUUUAGACUUAAAUGUCCAGUGGCCUACUGGUGCCCCCGGGUUCAAACCCCGUGCAUAAUUCAUACCGGCACCACGUCAGUGCCGUGAAUUCACAGUCCAGGACUACAAAAACGUUUUCCGUAAACUAAUAUGUUACUGGCGAAAUGUUAGUACGAUAUGCAUUUAAUAUUUAUAUUGUGCGCACCGUUUUAAUGGGACCAUCAAGGGCAUUGCCUACUAACCUAAAAUAUACUAUGCUAUAUUAAAAUGAACAGAAUAAAUGUGCCCUGGCUGUUGACGUCAAACAAAUGCAGAGGAAAAAAUAGGCCAACGCGUAGAAUUAGUUUUCUUCACUGCCUACUGACGGAAAAUAUGUGAGGGCAUUUUUCACCUUCACAGCAUUUUCCUAUUUAUCAUAUAGUCUGUUAGUUUUUCAAGAGUUUUUAUCUACUUCAGAAGGAGAGAGGGGUGGUAAUAAGUUUUAUUUUAAAAUCCUAAUUCCCGAAUGUUCAACAAAAAGCGUACUUCGAUUAACAUGGCCAGAUUACGACAUAAAAAACAACCGGGGAAAAUAUAAGCAUAAACCGAUAUUACUACAGUGUUUGAUCUCAUUCUCUCGAUUCCAGCUGGCAGCAUGCCGGCAUUACCAGUGUGACAUAUACCUGAACAGAAUAAAUAUUGUGACAGAUGGGCGGUCACCGAUCUGGUUACGGUAGGGUCAUGUUCUGCUGUGCCUUUGGGCUCAUACGAGAACCCUCGCAGGCAGUCGCACAGCGACUAGUAGUAAAUGUAUAUCAGGUGGUACCGACAAAGACAAGGGAGACCGGGAUAGCCAUUUCUGGCUUAUUAGCCCUCAUCAGCCAGUCAUACACAACCCCGGGUGUGGAUCCCUUGAGGUUCGAACCCGCGAUCUUUGGUCAUGGAGUUUGACGCUCUACCACUGAGCCACGGGUCCGUUGUCCUGUCGAUUGUGAUCGGGAAUAUCAAUUAUGACAGUGGGCGCUCACCGAUCAGGUUACGGAGCAUGCUAAUUCCGUUGUGCCUUUGGGACUCAUGCUAGAACCCUCGCAGGCAGUCGCACAGCGAAUAUUAGUAGAUGUAAAUGAAAUAGUACCAAAGAUCCGGGUUGGGAUCUCAAGUGGUCCACACUCGGGGUUGUGUAUGGCCGGCUGAUGACGGCUAAUAAUCCAGAAAGGGCCAUUUCAGUCUCCCUUGUCCUUGUUGGUACUAUCCCAAAAUAAAUAUUAUCUAGCUGUUAACACCGAAAAAAUUAAAAGGAGCAAAUGAGCCAGUGCAUGAAAUUGUUUUUUUUCACCGUCUGAUGAAGGAAAAUAAGCGAGUAUAUUUUUCGCCUUCAGAGCGUUUUCCGGUGCCUAUAAAUAGCCAGAUUAAUAUUGGAAGACAGGGCAACCAUCAGAUACCGGAAAGAAGUGACCUCGUCCAUAAGAAUGUUAACAGAUCCGGCAAUGAGAGAUGGUCGCAGAGGAAAGUCGCAUUGGACUGACUUCUGGCUCUGACGAUUACGCGGAGGCUUUAUCCAAGCCUUUCUUAAGCAUUUGGAAAUCAAUUUUAUUUGUAACUGGGCGUCUGACGAUUAGACCUGCAGCCUACUUGUCAUAUAGAUAGACGUUAGGGGGUGUCAGAUCGUCGCUUUAAAGCAAAAAGACGUGACGAGACAAAAUGAAAACUUGAAACACUUCGCAGUUACAAGGAAAGAGAAUAGAUUUCCGAUUACUAGACUGGAAGCCUUGAUAUAAGAGAAAGCAUACUCUGAAAGUCAGAACAGCUGUACUCAGAUGUUUUCUUGGGGUGGAGGGGGCAUCGACCGUUACUGAAGACAACUUAGUAAUCAAGAAGUCUUCAUGCACAAAAGGAAGUACGGUUAAAAAUUGGUUAAUUUAUUAAAUACUCCGCUAGGCGAAAAACUAAAUGAGUCUUAUACUUUUAAAGCAAGACGGACAUCUUGCCUCUUUCGUAUGGUUUCCAAACCGACCGAAAUUACUUUGGCAUCGCUUCUAGUUUUGUAAUAACGAUAUACCUUGUCACUCGAAACAUGUCAAAUAAUUCCAGAAAUGUGGAUUUACUUUGGUAACUGACAUAAAAACCUUAGAAUAAAAACGUGCUCCAACGAAGAGUUUUUUUUCAAAUAACGCAUUUCAGAAAAACAACUUGCCUACAAUUUCUACCAUCCAUGCUUAUUAAUCUUCUUAAUAUUCUUUAGAUUUUCUCGAUGCAGUGAUAGUUUAUUAACCAGAACAGACGCGCCCGAGGUCAAAGGCUAUGUCAGAAACAGUCGGAAUAACUCGGAUAUUCUUCAUGAUUCUAUAGUUCUUAAACAGUAAGAUGGGUAGAGCACGAUAAAUUAAAAGGUGGACAUACAUUCCAGGUAGUUAGACGAGCAGUGACAUAAAUGACACCAACACGUGGUUGAUCGUUUGAAAGCAAAUGAUAGCGACGGGUACAUGCUGCUUACUAAUAAACAGUUAGUAGCAAAUAAAACAAAGAUCAACGUCAACACGCGGAAGGCCGCAACUCGUGAAAUUCAGUCACGUUUGGAACACUUAUUUGGCGAUGUCCGUUGGUUUUCUGAGCUCUGUGCAUGCACUUGUGUGAUCUUCCCCUUUCAGCACCACCGGCCUUCACGGACUCCACGCAGGAGGGCCUUGUUGAGAUAACCCGCGGGAAGGUACUAGAACUGCGCUGCAUGGUAGAGGGAGACCCCAAACCGAAGGUUGAAUGGCGCAAGGAUGGUCGUCCCUUGAACGUCAAGGCCGGUGGCAUGCAGGGUGGUGCCGGCAGUGGUUCUGGCAGUCUCGAUCCGUCCGUGGUCAUUUCAAACGACGGCCAGACUCUGACUGUGUACGCCGUCAGUGAGGAAACCAGCGGCAUCUUCACAUGCUCCGCCAUCAAUCCGCACGCUGUGGAAACCAAGGACUUCCAGGUCGUCGUGAAGAGUACGUUGUAAAUCUGCUAGUGUUUCUGAGGUGGUUGAACGUCAAGCACUUCUUUAUGACAUUUGAUUAACACAGUCCUAGGAACUGCCUGAUUUCUUAAUAUUCCGACCAACUGUGGAUGAGGUUGAUAAAAUCCCUGCUGCUCAUGUGUUUACGGACUGAAGAAUUGCUUGCAGACACGAGAUUAAUUGUCUUCCGACUUUGAGUGUUAGCCGACAGAUGGUUGCACGAGGACCAAUUCAUGGCAAAUUUAUCCAACCACAGUAUUUGUCCACAAAUUCACGUGGACAGUAUGGUGUUUAAGUCAUUCUGGCGUCCGUAUUGGAAGAGUAUCAGUAUCAGUUUAUCAAGGGAAAUAUAGGCAAGCGCCUUUGAACUGUCUAUUGGUUACAAGUCGUCGAAGAAAAACAUUAAUAAGUGGGAAGGUGAAAAAGGGAUUUUGUACAUACUCGCGGACAGCUGGCAGCUGGCCGAACAAGAGUACUCAUUAACGGUUACUUACUAAUUACAAGUAGUAUAAAUAUGUGUAAGUUGUGCCAGGUUAUGUGAGUGGAUGUGAGGAUGGUAAUAGGGAAGCUUGAUGCUCGUCAAGUCUACACUUGAAGAAAUUCACACAGGAGGAGAUUAUGACAUCGGUAGGCAGGGCAUACCACACUGCAACCACUCUCUUACCGAAAAAGAACUUUCGUCCAUUGAUUUCUGAUUUCCCUACGCGUAAUUUUAGGGGAUGCACAAUAAACGAUAUGUCUCUCUGUUGAAAUUCCCCUUCCGAGGCGCACCAUCAUUCAGAAGUCUUACAAGAAUGCGCAAUCAUGACGAUGACGGAGGUCAGAAAAAAGGAUCAUCAGACCAUUUACGGCCUUUUGGACUUGGUAGAUUUAACAACUCUUCCGCCAGGAUCUGAUCAGUCUUACCGGAAUCUCCUGCUUGACAGCUAAUCAUGAAACGAUGACAAUGCCGGCUGAUUAGAUAUUUCUGUAGUUAGGGGGUCAUGCAUCUCAUCCAGCUUUUAUCCUUCAUAGGAAGUCUUUCUGCCUCUUCUAAUGACCAUAAAACUGAUGGAGAUUUUUAUAUUCAUGUUUAACUUUUAUCCGCUUCAUUGUUUCCGCUACAAAGCACCGCCCUUCAUUCCGAAGGAUGGCCUGAGUGACAUAGAAAUCGCCCAGAACGAGGUUACAGUCCUCACCUGCCUGGUCAGCCAGGGCUUCCCCCAACCGGAGCUUCGUUGGUUCAAAAAUGGAAAACCUCUGGUCCCUGUCCCUGGUCGCAUUACCAUCCUGGGAGGUGGGAAUAGCCUUGUAAGUUACCCAAACAAUUCAGCUUUCCCAGAAUCAUGUCUGACCGUUAAAUAGCGAAGUUUUAAAAGCCUAGAGCUGUCAUCAUACUGAGCUCUGUUCCAUGCAGGAAAUUCGAGGCGAAAGCGAAGAAGAUACCGGGUCCUACGAGUGUCGUGCUGAAAAUGAGGCUGGAAGCGACUCAAGAUUCUACCAGGUCACAGUCCUGGGUAAGUUCUAUCCAGUUUAAAUUCACGAUCGCUAGGACGGUAGAUUUAUUGGCCUUAGCUUUCGAGCUUGAACUGGAGUUCAUCAUCGGGGACUGCUAGAGUGCAGCAACGUGUGAACAUUUAUAUCGUUGUGCUGUGAUGGGGGGAGGGAACUACGUCCGUGGUUAGGUCUGGUUCGUGCUGCCUGGUCCACAAUGGUCCCCCGGCGCGGUGACGCCGUUUGUACUUCGCGGCGAUUUGAGCUGCGCCACCUGGUUGCGUGGGCGGAGUGCGUGAUAACACGCAGGAAAAUCAAGGUGUCUAUUGAUAGAGUUGAUGUCCGACACCCAGCCUCCGACACUUCUCGCCCCGUCUUGUUGCCGGCUCGCGCCAGUAUCCGCGUGUUGGCGAAGUCCAACUCCUGGCCUUCCUCGAGCGUGUGAGUGGCGACUUGAGAUAGUGGGCCGCCUCUCCGAACAGCCCGUCUGUGCUCAAGUAUUCGUGAGCUGAGACGUCGUCCUGUUUGGCCUGAGUAGUGGCAAGGACAAUUGUGGCAUGGGAUAUAAAUGUUCACAGGUUGCUGCGCUCCAGCAGUCUCUGAUGAUGAAUUUCAGUUCGAGUUCGAAAAUUAAGGCCAAUAAAUCUCCCAGCCCAUCGAUCUUGUCUUCGUCUUCUUUUAAACAAGAACCUGGGAUGCUCAUAUUCUCUUCCAUUCGUGAGAACGUCCUAUCUGUACGCUUAUUAAUGCUUCUUAUUGAGACAUACGUCAUAAUUUAUAAACGAUUUUGAAUUCUGACUGUUAUACCAGCUGAAGUACACAAUAGUAGUAAAUAACAAAGUCCGCAUGUUUAAACAUCCGCAGUUCCUCCAACGUUCACAAGCACACACGCACAGCGGCGACUUCUGGUACGUCCUGGCGACAGAGUGGACAUCAGCUGCGGAAUGACCGGCUUCCCGGAGCCAACAAUUUCCUGGACGUGGAAUGGACGUCCGUUGGAGGGAAAACUGACCGAUCUUGGAAUAUCAACUCGUCUUUCCAGCGACAGAAUCACGUCAUAUCUCACUAUUAACAGCAUGCAAGAGGAUCUUCAAGGAAAGUAUGUGUGACACGAAUGCUUGUGCAAAAGAAAAAAUUCAGAAACAAUAGUUCUUUAUCUGGAAUUAAAAAGACCCCUAUGGGUUCUGCGAUCUCUAUAUGGGCUAUAACAGUUUUUAACAGUUUAGCAUGUAUAGGUGUGUACAUUUAUAACACCGGUCUUCUAUGUACAAGUGGAGAGUUAGUUUAUGAUACUGCCAACGUGAUUAUGGAAAUCCUGGCCCGAGGUUUGUCGACUUCCUAUGGUUGCAGGGCGCAGCCGCGAAAGUCUUGGCCCAUAAAUGCGUGUCUCAGAGUUCUCCAGAUGACUUUCGGUGGUGUUAAGCGUUUUGCUCUAUUCUACUAAAAAUACCCACAGACGAAUACACAACCUUGAGUAAAAAUCUUCCGCAGGCCUUCUCUUGGUGUCUCAUCUGUCCCGUCUCAUUUGACUGGCGUCAAUGACCUGGGGAUGCUAAUUUUGUCCUUCGGUGACCCCGGCGUGAUGAUGGUAUGGAAUAUGCACGGGCAUAUCCGCCAACGAACAGAAUUACUAUCCCCAACUACUCAAGCGAGUUUUAUUCAUAUUUGAGUUCGUGUAAUUGUUAAAAAUGCGUUCUGCACAUUAGAACAGAAAUACUUAUUCUCAUGACAUGUGGCCUAAAAUGCACCAGGGUUGAUUUAAGCACAUGCUUCGAAAAUGGGCUAAAUGUUCGAUUUUCAAACUUCAUGAUCGCCGUAGAUUAUCAUGUAUCCAGAUAAUUCUUCUUUUUAAAUCAUUCUUGGAAACCAAGUCUUGUAUUGUCCAUUCCAUCUAGCUACACGUGCGUCGGGCAGAAUCGAGGUGGUCGGACAACUUCUGACUACGAAGUAAUCCUCCUUCGUAAGUCCCUUUAUCUAUCUCUGGUUUCUUACUCUUGCUUGUCAUGUUUAUGGCGAAAUCACGUAAACACGAGGUUUGUUAAAAAUCACAACGACUGUUGAAAUGGCUACUUUUAUGUGUUGGUCAGGAAAACCUGGGGUUUUAAUUUGACCAUUGAGGUAAACGUAAUCGACUUUUCAUUACACAUUCUUCUGAUCGCAACUGACCAAUUCGGGACCACUGAAUCUGUGAUGGGCAUUGAAAGUCACAAAUCCAUUGACUCACGUUCCCACCCAGAAUCGUUGACUGUUCACAUGCUGACGGCUGCUCUUUAACGCAAAAGAGCCGGUUUUUUCAGUUAAAACGGAAGAACCCUCAGCCCAGAUGGGUAGAACGCGCAUGGAAGACCGUCUUCCCCGCAUAGACCUCGGGAUGCCGGCUUUCGAACGAACUUCUUUUCGGCCGCAUGAAAAACCACACUCUGAAAAAGAGACUACUUAAAUAGCGUGAAUGUUUCUCACUGGUUCUCGAUGCCCUUAAAAAUUAAACUGUAUUUCAUGAAAAAACAUGCGAAAAAGUAUUCAUUCUUCUACUCAGUUGGUAGAAAAUUACGUCUUCUUCCAAUUGUAUACUCGAAGGAAGGGUAUAGUUGGGUUUUCAAAAAGUUUGUAAUUGUGAGGUUCUUUAACACUCUGAAAUGCCCGUUCAUAAAACAUCGUGUUUCCGCAUUUAAUAAUGUGGCUUGUAAAGUUUACAAUAUGGCUUGUGGUUUUGAAACCCUGAAUGCAUGUGUAACGGCAGGUAGAGUUCAAAAUUAUUCGGGAACUGGAAACUUUUUUAAAACCAUUAAGGUGACCGUAAUUGACUUUUCAUUACACAUUCUUCUGAUCGUAACUGACCAAUUCGGGACCACUGAAUCUGUGAUGGGCAUUGAAAGUCACAAAUCCAUUGACCCACGUUCCCACCCAGAAUCGUUGACUGUUCGCGUGCCGACGGCUACUCUUUAACGCAAAAGAGCCGAUUCGUUCAUUCUUCCACACAUUCCCUAUCGAUAACUGCAUCUUCUGAGACUGAGUCCAAUUCAAACGGAAGAAUUCUCAGCCCAGAUAGGUAGAACGCGCAUGGAAGACCGUCUUCCCCGCAUAGACCGAAGGCAGUAUGCGUCGAGUUGAUCAACUGACUUUUGCGUGGUGUCAGUCGAUGUGCUCUAUUCAUGAAUGCAUCAUCACACGGUUUCCUUCGUUCGUCUAGUGUAAACUUAACUAGGCGUUUAAACGUCACUUUACAAGAUUUAAACAACAUACAGUAGGUGUGUUAACUCAUGAAAUGUUGACCGAAAUUCUGAAAUUCGUUCUCUUUUCGAAAAGGUUACUUAAGUAGGGUUAUAAAAUUAAUCAUCAUGCAGCAUAAUUCUAUAAUGCUUCCAUUACCUUGGGAUGCCGGCUUUCGAACGAACUUCUUUUCGGCUGCAUGCAAAAACCACGCUCUAUAAAAAUGACUACUUAUAUAGCAUAAACUUUUCUCAUUGAUUCUCGAUGCCCUUAGAAAUUUAGUUAUAGUUCAUGGAAAUCAUGCAUAAAAAUAUUCAUUCUUUUACUCAUUUGGUAGAAAAUUACGUAUUCUUCCAAUUUUAUACUCGAAGGAAGGGUAUAGUUGGGUUUUCGGAAAGAUUCUAACUGUGAGGUUUUUCAAUACCGUGAAAUGCCUGUUCAUAAAACAUCGCGUCCCGCAUUUACUAAUGUGGCUUGUAAAGUUUACAAUAUGGCUCAAAUUCACUGCUAAAUUUUAUGAAUCCCAUAUGGUCUCCUCUUAAUACCGUAGAGGACUACGCGGAAAAUAUAGACUUGUAGUUUGGAUACUCUGAAUGCAAGUGUAACGGCAGGUAGAGCUCAAAAUUAUUCGGGAAUUGGAAACUUUUUUAAAACCACAUUAUACCCUUCCUUCGAGCAUAAAAUUGGAAUAAGACGUAAUUUUCUACCAAAUUAGUAAAAUAAUGAACACUUUUAUGCAUGUUUUCCAUGAAAUAUAAUUAGACUUCUACAGGCAUCGAAAAUCAAUGAGAAAAAUGCAUGCUACCUAAGUAGUCAUUUCUUACAGAGUGUAGUUUUUGCAUGCGGCCGAAAAGAAGUGCGUUCGAAAGCCGGCAUCCCGGAACAACUGAAUUUUUAUAAAAUUAUACUGCAUGAUGAUUAGUUUUACAACCCCACUUAAGUAACCUUUUCGAGAUGAAAACGCAUUUAAUAAUUUCGUUUGACAUUUCACGAGUUAACACAGCCAAUGUAACUGACAGCUGGACACUUAGUUUUUUCAUCAUAGAGGAGCUAAUUUACUUCAGCCCCCUUCGUCUGAGUUUUCUAUGCGUCUUAUUUAUUCUCCUUAUUAGGCGAGCCCAAGAUUGUCGACUUCAGCGAGCGCGCAGUUGUUUUCCUCAACAACACAAUCACACUGACUUGUGAGGUGGAAGGCAACCCCAAACCGAAAAUCACCUGGCUGUUCAUGAGACAGAAGCUCUCGCCCAAUCAAACACCAGGCUACAGGUAAUGCUACAAAUAGCCAAUGGCGUGGCCGCGUCUGAUUAUUCCUUACGCCUUAAUAGCUAAAGUCGGAUGAUAGGAUGUGAGAUGUUGUGCAGUGAGUGGCUGCAAAAUGAUCCCUAGAGGUUAUGAAAAUCAGAAUGCAGUAGAAUGGCAAACUCAAAAGCGACUGUGGGAUUUUACAACAUUUUCGAAUAAAAUGAGGCCAAAAUGUCUGUUUAAAAGCCGUGUAGAUGAAUCAGACUGCGUGGGAGGGGGAGAAGUAAAGGUUGCGCCAACAGUGUGACUGUUUGCAUACAACUGAACACAGACCGUCCUUGCAGUAGUAACCCUUCAGCUGCUGGUUCUGACACUUGCUGGUCCGACAGCCGACAAACCUCACCGGUGUCUGGAAUUUGGAGUUUGUGCGCACCCUGUUUGAUGCCUUCUUCCGGUGGCUCCUCAAGGUCAUCGCGGCUUUUACAGAACCGCGAUUGUAAUCACAGUAGUCGUCCUUGCAGAUAAACUGACAGUCUCCCUUGAUGCAGUCAAAUCCAAAGUAUCCAGAGUACGUACAUUGCGGUUCGUCACAGUUGGUGAAAAGGAUCCGUCUGUCAUGCGACCGAUGUCCAUGGUGAGUUGUUUUACCGAUCUUGGCGUCGUAGUAACAGUCCUUGUCCUUGCAAACAUACUCACAAGUACCGUCCAGGCAGCCAAAACCGUAGGCCCCAUUAGACCGACACUGGCGCCCGUAGCAGCCGGGAAACCGGUUCUCCACCUUGGCAGUCGUCUUUGAAACCCUGCUGGAGACCGUCGCAUGGUUGGUGUCGGUGGGCGCAAUAGAAACGAACUCGCGAUCUCCAAAAGUGCAAGAGCUCCCUAGGCAGACGUAUUCGCAGCGCCCCUGACUGCAACCAAAGCCGCGGAACCUCCCAGACCAGCAUUCAACCUCAUCGCAUCCACUGAAAUCAUACUGACCCUCAAAGGGCCUUUCAGCGUCGGGGUAAAAGUAGUCACCGUAGCCAAAGGCCGGCGAAGCAGUCGCUAGAAGAAUCCAAAACCAGCAGUACAUCAUCCGGGCGCGCCACUUUCGAAUGCGGCUAUAUAGUGCUGACGCUCUGAUGUCAACUAUAUAAGCACGUGCACCACGACGAUGGAGAUGAGAUGGACGAAGGUCAACACAGUGCAAUCCAAUAAAUCAUUAUUGUGGGAACUGAGAUUAUUGAUUAGAACAAAAGGCGACGCCUAGCAGUUGAGAAAGGUUUUAGUGAGUUGUAUAAACGGCAAAUUACAGCCUUUUAUGAAUUUACGCUUAAAGGUCUUAUCCGAUGCUCCUGAAAACUGAAAUAAUCGAUGGAAGCGGUGCAUUUUGGUACGGUCAUCAAUGGUCAGAUUAGGCGACGGACUAUGAGGUCUAUCGACCUCCCGGUCUACACUGGUCUCAACGUCUUGUUCGAUCAAAGUUUAUUCUUUUUACCGGAGUAUCGUCGUUUAAGCGACAAAAUCAGCGCUUCUUUGCAUCGGAUAAGCUAUACAAACAGUUCUCAGAUUUCCUUAGAGAAUUCUGUUACGUUAAGAUUGCCAGUUUUUGAUUUCCUCAGAAAUUAAUCGUUAACUUGAGGCAAAUCAGCCUCUUUGGGAUUUGUACGCUCAGAUAUGAAUAUUUGGGCCGACUUCCAUCAGCCACUGGUCUUGGCGUCCCGUUUGACCAAAUUUUACUUUUACCAAAAUAACCCCACUUGAGAGACAAAGUCAGCAUUUCUUUGCAUCAGAUGAGCUAUACAAACAGUUCUCAAAUUUCGUCUUUAAGGAAUUCUGUUGUCAGAAGACGAGGUGGCGAGCAUACGUAGCUUUCGAUAAAUUCUCAUCGGGCCAGUACAGUUAUAUAGAAACGGGGUAGAAGUCAAACAUGCCAGCGAUAAGAGAAAUCGAUAAAAGCUCUCGUUAAAACACAGGCAGGGUGUGGGACUGUGGGAGGGGGGGUAGGGCGGGGGGGGUAGCAGUAGUCAUUGUCAGGGCCGGGGUGAGAGCGGAAGUGCGCGGGGGGAGUUGCACCGUUAGUCAACCCUCGAACACCGUAGGCGCGGAGCCUGAACGUGGUUCUUCUGUGCGCAUAGGGUCGGUUUUCGUAACCUAAUGGCGACCGCUUCCGCUGUCGCUAACAGGCGCUGGCCUAGUAGCUUAGGGUAGCUCGAUUGGACUUUAUAAAUCACGCGAAAAGCUUCGUUGGGGUCCGGAAUCGACCACAUGCGCGAGAAUGGCGCUGCUUAUACUCCUCGUUUCGCCUUUUCCCAGCCAUGCCUGGAGUUGUUCGCGUAUUCUCUUGGAUAAGCGCCGACUCGUGCGACCAAUAUAACCUGCUCCACAAGAGCAAGUGAAGGAAUAUAUGCACACUGAGGUGGUCUGCGGUGGCAACUUAUCCUUACCUUCUCCGCGUAAAAUAGGGUUUGUAGAGAAUGAUAUUUGAACCCUUGCUGUUGGGAAGGUUCGCGAGACAGCUUGAUCAAGGCGUCUCCUUAGGAGUUCACUCGCGGCGUCCCCUUGGAAAGAGACCUUGAGGAACAAGGUCUUCUUUUCGGCGUGUAAUAUUCAUAAAUUACCAACAAGCAGCCAGUACUAUAUGCUUUCGCCAAAAUAUAUGCCAUACUUUAUAGCGUUUAGGGCAGGGGUCGUUUAUACUGUCCUGGUCCCAAGUGUUAACGCAAUGCGGACAUUGUAAGAAAAAAUAAACCGAAGGAGGAUGCUGAAAUCCUUUGUGGGAAAAUAGUCAAAGCUAAAACAGAAAUAGGCAACCUGAUGUUUCGGUUUAGAGGUAAAGUUUGGGUUAGUGUCAGGCUGAGAAUUGACUUUAGGGUUAGGGUUUGUGUUGAGUUUAAGGAUUCCGGUUAGAGUUAGGGUUUGGAUCGCGGUUUAGGUUUACGUUUAGUGCUAAGGUUUGGGUUUGGGUUAGUGUUCGGGUUAGGGUAGGGUUACGGUCAAGAUUAGGGUUAUUGUUCAGGUUAGGAUUUGGGUUUUGAUUACGGUUGAGUUUAGGGUUGGGAUUUAGGUCAGGGUUAAGGUUUGGUCUAGGGUUAGGUUUUGUGUUGACUUUAGAGUUAGCGCUAGUUUAUAAUUACGUUCAUCAGUAAGGUUUACUUUUGAGGUUACGGUUAGGUUUACCGUUAGGUUUGGGGUAUUGCUUCUCCGCGUUUUCUGUCAGGCAGAACUUUUGCGGGGAUUCUAGGCCUUUUUUAAUCUUGGGAUCCGUUGUGACCCCCUCUCCUUCAUUUUCUUCGUGUACAAAAUAUUGGUCAGUGUUGUGGUGGUACGCCUAGGUACGGGUUUUACCGUGCAAGCCACCUGCGCCUUUUCCCGCCUCCGGUUUUCUCGAUUCUGUUUUGACACCGGACCCAGGUAGCUGCGGAGGAGGAGUGGGUGCGGUAGAUGCUGUGCAAGUCUACUCCGAUUGCAAACUAACUCACUCGCAAGUCAUCGUCCUCACUCACACUCCGCUGUGAGGUACACGGUGGACGUCAGUUAAACUGUCAUUAGGAAGAAAAUGGUAUGAUCUCGUUCUGCAAGACUCGUGUGAGUUAGGAUAGAAAUUACACCUCACUCCCCGGUACAUGCUUAGGAUAUUUCUGCAGGUGGUAACGCUUUUCCAUGGCGCUGAAUAUCCACAUGAUAAAUUGUUGGUUUCACCAUAAAGGGGAGUUCAACUCGCGGGUUUUCCAUUUUUUUGCUUUUAGUAACGGAAUUUCGUGCUUCUAUCUCGUUAGGAAACAGCUGUAGAUCGCAAACAGACUUUUAAUGAAUGAAAACUACUCUAAAAAUUAUUGUUUUAUUCGAUUUUUAAUAUACUUGAUAAGGCUUUUCCGAUGUUAUUAAACAGAUGCGCUGACAGAGCCACGUAUGGAUGUUUGCGCUUCCUCAAUUUUCGAAAUUUUAAAUUCGCUGCACUUUUCCUAGACUAGGGUCUACUUCACGACUGCGUACAUUUAUCGUUGUCAGAACCACCUUCCACGAAGCGCGAAAAUUUUCAGAAGUUCAAGUUCAGACGUCAGACUGUCCGGAGGGACUGAUCUGACAAGCGAGGAAGGAACUUCCUCUCUCUGACAAAAAAGAUGUCAUUUUGUUUGACAUUCCUAAUUCCGGUUGCGGACCGUCUUCAAAAGUGAAGCUUUUUGCCUAGUUUAUGGUCCACGUUUACCAAUGAUCAGACCUGCGACACCUUAGACAUACAGUGAUUGACCGAUCUCAUGAAAUUUUGGCCAAAAUUCUGAAAUGCGUUUUCAAUCAGGAAGGAUUACUUAAGAGCGGUUGUAAUAUUUAUUAUCUUGCGGCAUAAUCCUAUAAUAUUUCGGACUCGGCAGGAUGUCAGCUUUUGAGUACACUGCUUUUAAAUCUCCUGUAGAAACCGUACUUGGUAAAAAACGAAUACUUAAGUAGCAUGCACUCUUUCUCAUCAGUUUUCGAUGGUUUCAUAAAUUUAAAUACCUUUUACAGAAAACACGAACAAAAACAUGCUUUCUUUCAGUCGCUUGAUAAAGAGUCACGCCGUCUUUCUAUUUUAUACUCGAAGAAGGAAUAUAAUUAGGUUACAAAAAGUUCUCUAGUUGCCGAAUAAUUUGGAGCCCGAUCAGCCCUUGCAUUAACGCCUAGCGAUUUCAGCCUGCCAGCUGCAUGUGUUCCGCGUAAGGAGAAUCAUAUAUUUCUCUAUGCCUUUAAGAAGAUGCCAUAUAGAGUCUAUAAAAUUUUGCAAUGGAUGCGGACUCUGUUGUACGUUUCAUGAGGAACAGUGGUAAACGGACAGGUAGAAUGCUGUAUGAAUAAACAUUGCACGGUUUUAAAAAAAUCGCAUAAGUUGAAACUUUUUGAAAACCUGAUUAUACUCUUCGAGUAUAAAAUAUGAAUUUGGCGUGAUUUUCUAUCAAACGAGUGGAAGAAAGAAUAUAUUUGCUCAUUUUUUAUAAAAUAAAUUUAAAUUUAUAUGACUAGCGAAAAUCAGUGUAAAAAACGCAUGCUACUUAAGUAGCCAUAUUUCGCUAAGCACGGUUUCUUUGGGAGACUGAGAAAGAAUUAAUUUAAAAGCUGACAUCCUGCUGAGUCCGAAGUAUUAUAGGCUUAUGCGGCAAGAUAAUCAAUAUUACAACCCCACCUAAGUAAUCCAUCCUAAUCGGAAACGCAUUUCGGAAUUUAGGCCAACAUUUCAUGAGAUCGCUCACUCACUGUAAGUCAGUACUUCCAAUGUCACCUCCUGCAUAGCUGGUUACAAUCGUGAACACUGAUCGCUGCGCACAGAGUUUCCUUUAUACGGUUCCUGGUUUACGCCUUAUAGGUUGAUCGGCGACUGUCUCUGAUGAUGGAUUCGAGUGAGAGUCCGAAACGUUAGGCUAAUAAAUUUUCUGUUCCAGUGAUCACAUCUUCGUCUAUUGAACUGCUACCCGAAACUCGCCUGUUCGCUUCUAUCAGGAAAAAGAUGUCUUUUUGUUUGACAUUCCGAAUUACGAUUCCAGACCGUCUUUACAAGUGAAAAUUGUUGCCUAGAGUUUUUGGUCCACUUUUGCCCAUGAUCAGACCUGGGACACGUUAAACAUAAAUCAGUACUUCCAAGGUCACCUCCUGCACAGCUGGUGAACACCGAUCGCUGCGCACAGAGUUUGCUUCAUACAGUUUCUGCCUUCUAGGUUGGUCGGCGACGGAAACCUUAUGAUCAUGGCUGCUCAGCACCAUCACGGCGGAGAGUACACGUGUCUGGCGGAGAACGAGGCUGGCAGAGAUGCCAGGACCGCAACAAUCACCGUAUUCGGUAAGAAGUGCCCUAGAUGCGCUUGUCCGAGGGCUUCCGUAGUACGCCCUGCAGAUUGCUCGCCAACGUCUAACUGCCUCUUUGCGUACACUGUCUAGAACCCAGCGGUGAAAGACCCGUGGCGCAGAACAUCACCUCCAUCACGCUGGGCGGCAACAUUACCUUCACCUGCAAGCUGACAUCGAAUCCCCCGCCAAGGAUAAAGUGGUACAAGGAUGGGCAGGAACUGUUCAGCGCGAUGCCUCAGGGUAAGUACAUGCCUAUACAUACUUGCCUCUCAAGUUAUGAUGCGUCAGCAAACAAUCCAAGAUGCGAAAGUAAUGAAUGAUACUCCCGCCCCCCCCCCUUUUGUCAGAACGCUUCUCGCUGUCCAAGGAUGAGUCCACGCUGACAAUAUACAAUGUGCAACAAGAGGAUCAGGGCCAGUUCAAGUGCGAGGCGGAGAACAUUCCCGGCGACUGGGAUAUAUCUUACUUCUUGGAGGUUACGUGUAAGUUAUGCGUUUUACAAAUGCAUAUAUAUAUAACUCGUCGUGAGUGAGACAGCUGGUGCUUCAUGCCAUCUUUAGACCAGUCCUACUUCAGUUAACAAAUGCAAUUGAAAACACAAAUAAACUCACCUACUACUACUACAACAACUACUACACGUGUGAUGGAUGGAUGUAUGAAGUCUAACUGAUGAGUCACCCGCAUUUUCGCACCCGAAUUCAUUAAUGUAUCGAAACCUAUCAGGUCAUAUCGGGCAGGUAGGCAUUCAUUAAUGGAAGAAUAUGGCAGUAAUGAGCUGUUAGGCUUUCGUUCGUAAGCGAGCUCCGAAUCUUGGAUUAUCCGUAUUUUUGGCAAGGAGUAAUAAGUGCUCGAGAGUUCUUCGCUGACGCCUAAGCAAGGAGACGCUGCGAGUGAACCCCUAAGAAGACGCCUUGACCAAGCUGUCUUGCGAACCUUCCCAGCAGCAAGGGUUUGCACAUCAUUCCCUACUAACCCUAGUUGACGCGAAGAAGGCAAAGAUAGGCUGCCACCUCAGACCACCUCAAUGUGCAUCUACUCAUCCACUUGCUCUUGUGGAGCAGGUCAAAUUGGUCGUGCAAGUCAGCGCCUUUCCACCAGAAUACGAGAGCACCUUCCUGCAUGACUAGCAAAAGGUGAAACUAGGAGAAUAGACAGCGCCAUCCUUGCGCAUGCAGUAGACUCAGGGCAUCAUGUGGACCCCGCUGAAGCAUUUCGUGUAAUUUCUAAGGCCCCCUCGAGCUAUCCUAAGCUACUGGGCCAACGCCUGUUAGCAACAGCAGAAGCAGCCGCCAUCCGGUCACGAAAACCGACCCUAUGCGCCCAGAAGAACCUUGUUCAGGCUCCGCGCUUACUGCUGUCAAAGGCUGACUAAUCACAUACAACUUUCUGCGCCCUUCCGCUCUUGCCUGGCCUGUAUUUAAAAAAACUCACUUUUAUUGAUUUUUUCACUCACUGUACCCAGUUUCCAUAUAACUAUACCAGCCUGAAGAGAAGUUAUCGAAAGCAACGUUGGCUCGCCAAUUUAUCUUCCCAUAAUAGUCAGGUUUGCAUGUCCAAUCGACGCGGGAGCGUAACUGGUCGUCUGCCUUGCUCAAGGCAGACUGUGAGAAUACUUCAAUAUCUACGCGGACCAGUCAAUGGGUCCCUUUCCAUUCCGCUGAAAAAGUGCAGGCGUUGCCUCAGAGGUUAAAACAUCGGCAUAUGUGAUAGAAAUGCGCAAAUUCGAGCUAAAGAUGACCGAACAUGAGCAAGCAUAGAAAAAAAAACGGCGAAUCAAUUUCCAAAACGCGCAACUACAGGGUGCACACAGCCGAGCAAGAAAUAACGGCCAGAAGUUCUCAAGUACAUGCGAGGCCGAGACGCGAACUGUCGCCGAAUUUAUUCAUACCUCCUUCAGACAGCCAGCGAGAGAGAGAGAGAGAGAGAGAGAGAGAGAGAGAGAGAGAGAGAGAGAGAGAGAGAAAGAAAGGCAGUCAAUCUCCGGGUCCUUUGGAAAUCAUAGAAUUCUCUGAUAGAAUUGUCUUCUCUACUACCAAUCCGAUUUUCCGUUUCAUUUUUCGUAUUGGUCCGGUGUUUGUGGCGAAGAGGUUCAUAGGUUAAAUGAUGAAUCGGCUAGGCGCUUAACUACCUUCAUUGCAGCUGUCGGACCUCGCUGAUCUGUUCGCCUAUGGCUUACAUGCCCUCAAAAGCAUGUCGAUUACCAUUCAACGGACUACAAAAAACUAGGCGCGAUUGCGUACACUUGCUGCUAAUUCGUGCAGGCUAUUCGCUUCGUCGAUGCUGAAUCCGUCGUUUUACAUUAUUUCUCCGGGAAAACUGCCAAAGUGGAUCACUAUUGGUGUGUCUGCGAGGGACAGACAAUUCGCGGGUAGACGGUGAAUUGUUGACGUAUUCGAGGGUCUAAGACUCACGUUGAUGGGCAUUACCAAGUGUUGCGUUCCUUAAGAAGAAGAGUCGAACACCGGAACACUGUGUUUAUUGUCUUGAGCUUUCAGACUUGUACAGAAGUCCAUCGUCAGAGGUAGCAGCAGCAGCAGCAGAACAAGCGACAGUUAUAGGGCAUUUAGGCCAAUCAUCGACCGACGGCGCAAGACUGGAGGUGACUACGCAGGGCUCUGUACGUCGGCGCCAAAUCGAUAAAUCGAUUGACCGAGUUCUCAUCCGAGGCCUAGGCUUCAACCAAUACUCGACCUGUUCUGUUUCCGGCGUGGGCGACUAUUUUGGUGGCUGCGACGUUAAGCUUGUUAUGUUCCUUUCAAGAAUACUUUAUCUAUUAAUUUUACUAUUUCGUUUUCUACUGGAUAUCGAUGCUGGCUCAUCCUCCUUGAAGGCGUUUGUUUCCGAAAUUGUGACGUUUUCGGUCAGAGGAGGAAAUGCGUCGCCAAUAACCUCAUUCCUUCACACUCCCAUCCCCUGUGUAGCAAUGCAUAUCCGUUCGGUAGGACAGAGUCUGAAUGCGCUCACAUUCUCGUUCUUGAGAGGUGUUGCCAUUCGGAGGUGUUCCAGAAUGACCGCAAAUUUCGGAAAGACUGGCGUCCUAGGGAUGUUGUCUUCUAUACUCGAAAGCACGGGAUCGAAGACUAUACCUUUUGGUUUACAUACAUUUUCAUUGUGAACCGCUGAAACAUUGGCCACAAAGUUUUUUUCAUGACUUAGUAUUGUCUUUUCGUAUAAUCAACAAUGUAGAAAUCUGUAGUUCUUUCUAAACUUCGGCUUGCAGGAAGCGAAGGCACAUCUACCGCACUCCUGCGGUUCUCUCCGUCCAUUGCGUGUUUUGCUGGGUUGUGGGUUUUCCAGACUGUCUGAUAUUUCUUGGAUUGGUUAUUACCCGCGAAUGAGUUUGUCACAUUUAUCAAGGAGCACUCCCCAUUUCCAACCUUGUCGGUCUGAUUAUGGGUAUACAAAUAAGUUACCAUAAUGUAAUAAGUAGUUCUUUUAUUUUCAAGCUUCACCAAGUAUCCUUCUGGGCUCCUCUUCACGAGCAAAGGAACAAGUCAGGCAGGGUGAAGACAUACGUCUCCGAUGCAUUGCUACCGGUUCUCCCGAGCCCACUUAUCAGUGGCUGAAAGACGACACGCCUGUCGCCUCCAGCGUGAAGCCCGUUGUCACGACGCACGAGGUCGACAAGCAUACUGUUGAGAUAACAACGAUCAGCUCCAAGUACAUCCUCCUGGAUCAGGGUCGAGAGCUCGUGGUGUCCAAAGUGACUGCACAGGAUGCCGGUACCUACACCUGCGUGGCUAUCAACCCUGUUGGUCGCGAUCGACACAUCAUGAACCUGUCAGUACUCGGUACGUCCUAAGCUGACUAUUUGAAAUCCUGUCUGAACGCCAACGUGCCAGUCCAGUUAAUAUUGCCUCAUGAUAUAAUCUCCCCUAGCGAGUCCAAUCUUCCAUGAUGGGCUGGAUCACGAGACUCCCGAACUUGUUAAACACAAGCCGGCCUUCCUCUGGUGCAAUGCAACGGGUCAUCCUCCACCGAGGUUCAAAUGGUCAGGGGUACGUACUCACGCCCUAUCUCUCCAUAUCUCCUUCUCGUCAUAUUUAUUUCGUCGUACACGAUGGUGACCGCCGAUGCCUGAUGAUCGGCGCUUGAUUCAGAUUAUGCUGAGAGGGCGGUGCAACUGCUCGUGUUGAUGAAUAUAUAUAUAUAUAUAUUUCGAAGAAGAAUGAGUCCUUUGGGAAAACGAACAAACUUUAUUUCGUAAAUUUUCGAGUCUGGUUCCCCAGCUCAUCUUCAGACGUGUAGUAAGUGUGAAGAAACAGUCAAAAUUUAAACAAUGCCGAAAAAAUCGAUAUUGCUCUCUCAUGACUGAGGAUGGGUUAAUGCUGUGGGCUGAUGUCACGUCUUGAUUGGCUAUUACCUUUUCCAUUUUUCUUUGAGACUUGUGUACAUGUUGUCAAGGUCGAUGCGUCGAUUGAUGCAGGAAUCAUCAGAGUGAAUGGCCUCUAGGAAUUCUCGGCCUUUCUUAUAGGGGCAGGAACCGACAAUGCGUGUUUUAUCCCAAGCGAAUUUGUGCCCAGUUUCAAGAGUAUGCAUGGCGACUUGGGAUAAGUGGUCCCGCCUCUUCACUGCCAAUUGGUGUUCAUGUAGGCGUGUAGAGGCGGAUUUUCCGGUUUGACCACAAUACACUGCAUUACAAGUGCCACAUGGAAUCUUAUAGACUACUUCUUUCUUAUCCAAAUAGCCAACCCUAUCCUUAGGGUUUACAAGCUGAUUGCGUAGCGUGGUAGUCGGUUUGUGAGCCACUUGUAUUUGGUGCUUCCUCAGGUGUCUUUCAACGAGUUCAGACACAUUUUUAAUGUAGGGAAGCGUUCGCCAAUGUUUUGGUUUUGGCGUCUGAUCGGAACAAUCUAGUUCCUUCUCUCUUUCUUUUGAUUCCUGCUCUUUCAUGCAUCUGCGUACAAAAUCUCUGGGGUAGCCGUUUUGGGAAAAUAGGUUGAAUAGAUAAUUGAGUUCUUCUUUGUAACCUUCGUUCUCAGAGCAAUGUGUCUUUGCUCGAUUAAGUAGGGUCUUAACUGCACUCCGUUUGUGAGCCAUAGGGUGGUUGCUCUCGUAAUGUAGGAUAACUUCCGCGUAAGUUUCUUUGCGGUAUACUGAUGUCUGGAAUGUCCCGUCAGUUCUUCGCUGUACGAGGACAUCAAGAAAUGGGAGUUUGCUGUUAGCUUCUCUUUCGAGGGUGAACGUAAUUCCCGGUAGUGUUGAGUUGAUAGCUUUAUGAAGAGUUUCUAGCUGAUCUCUCUUGACGAUGACAAAGGUGUCAUCGACGUAGCGUACCCACAAUUUCGGGUUGAAUAAUGGUAAGGCCAUAGCCUCUAAUUUUUGCAUUGUGACUUCAGCCAAAAAUCCAGAAAUAGGUGACCCCAUUGGAGCCCCUUUCAGCUGUCGAUAACAUUCAUGUGCGAACGAGAAGUUCGUUUCCAGACAUAGGUCCAAGAGUUCAAGCAAAGCAGAUGCAGGAACAUCCAUGUCGUAGGACUGUAAGAGUUCUUCUGUGCACUGCCUUGCCAAAUCGAGUGGUAUGGACGUGAAUAGAGAGAUGACAUCGAACGACACCAUUAUCUCAUCUGAUUCAAUAGUGAGUCCUCUUAUCUUGUCUAGGAAUUCAACUGAAUUCUCGAUUGAAGUCUCACAAUCCUUUGUUAAGGGAUGGAGUUUGUGGAAUAGCCAUUUAGAGAUUUUGUAAUUCGGUGCACCGAUUAGUGAUACUAUCGGUUGCAAUGGUACGUCAGGUUUGUGGACUUUCGGUAGUCCAUAGAUUUUAGCGAUUGUUGGUUCAGUUUGUCUCAGGGAUUUCGCGAUUUCUCCUGGUAGUUGUUUCUUUCCUGCAAGACGUUUCAGCACUUUAUCAAUGGAUGAAAUUUGUUCUUUGGUAGGGUCAAUGGUGAGGGGCAUAUAAGUUGACCUAUCUUCUAACAACGAUAGCAUCUUGUUAUUGUAGUCUGAUUUGUUUAAAAUUGCCGUUGAGCCUCCUUUGUCUGCAGGAAGAAUGACAAUGUUCUUGUCAGUUUUCAGGGUUUUUAUCGCCUUCAUUUCCUCGCGUGACAAAACUGAAAAGUAGCUUCGGUUCUUUAGGGCCUGUAUAGUGCUAUUCCGAAUGACGAAACGUUCAUCAUCUGUGAGAUCUUCUGACGAUAUUAUGGACUCCAGGUUUGCAAGGAAGUCUAGGUAGUUUGAAUCGGAGAGGUUGUAUUUCAUGCCCUUGGAAAGCACAUCUUCUUCGGUUAUCGUAAGGGCUCUCGAUGACAAAUUUACUACCUUAGUUGGAUGUAGUAAGCAUGUCCAGUGGGCCUAUGACGUACUGAUGAUCGGUAACGACCGUGAAACAGCUGUCUGCGUCUGGCCUGUUGCACUCUUAGCGAGCUGCUCAUGUAUUAUAUGUGGUAUGUGUCCUCUGACACAGCGUUCGUUGUCGCCAGUAGCAAGCUGGCGGGCGGACAGAAUGGGAUCGAGUGAGAUCCUAACCACAACAGUGAGGGUCAAACGCCCACUUGACAUAUAUAUAUAUAUAUAUAUAUAUAUAUAUAUAUAUAUAUAUAUACAGACUCUAAGCAUUAAGUGUACACAGUGAGUCACUGCCACCGAGCUAAUUCAUGUGUCUGCCUUGCAAUCACGUCGGGGUCACCAAUUGUCAGAUACCUUGGACCGACGAAGGGGAGAUUUUCAAAUGAAAAUUUAGGUGGCAAAGUUAUCCAGACAACCCUCGCCACAGCAAGAGAGCGUAGGUGAAGACAGCAAAACUCUGACCUCAGAAAAGGAGAGCCUGAGCAGUGGAGAUCCUAGGGCUCGUACCCCUAAACCCAACUACCGAUUAUCCACGUCGCCGACAAAACGAGUCUUUGGGGUCUGUUUGUGACCAUUCUGUCUAGACGUGUAGAUGUAAUUUCACUUGGCAUCUUUUCAGAAAAUAUUAGAUAAAAGUGUGAGAUAGGCAGCAGCGGCUCCAGCCCCCCUUUUCACGCCCUAUCUCUCCAUAUCUCCUUCUCGUCAUAUUUAUUUCGUCGUACACGAUGGUGACCGCCGAUGCCUGAUUGUCUGCGCUUAAUCAGAUUAUGCUGAGGGGGCGUUCAAAGCAGCAUCCUCCCGCUGUCUUCCCAAGUUGGUGAGGAAAUUUUGAAAGGAAUAAAGAAUAAACUGAUAUCUAAGUCAGGAAUUGGAGAAGAAACUGGUCUUGCACUGUCAAAGCCAUGUCUUAUUUUUCAUCAUUGUGCAUUCCACAUAUGUUUAACCCAUCCGAGAAGCGGAUUAGGCAAACAAAACUACUGGGGGUGAAUGGGACACGGCUCAAGUGUAUGCAUAUUUUGCAAACCAAUUAUACGGAAAAGAGGUAAGUUACUGCGGGCGUGGACUAGCGCAAAAUGAGUUUAAUCAUCGCUAAACCUGUGUAGCUGCGCGUGUUGAUGAAUAUAUAUAUAUAUAUAUAUAUAUAUAUAUAUAUAUAUAUAUAUAUGUAUAUAGACUCUAAGCACUGAGUGCACACAGUGAGUCACUGCCACCGAGCUAAUUCAUGUGUUUGCCUUGCGAUCACAUCGGGGUCACCACAUGCUAGAUACCUUGGACCGACAAAGGAGAGAUUUUCAAAUGAAAAAUGAGUAAGUUGACGAAAGCUAAGGGGAGCGCCCGCAGACCUUGGUUUGAAUAUAAGAAAGUAUUUCUCCCUUGGCUCUCAAGGAUAUGGUGGCGGACCAAUUGAACGACAGGGUUCGCAUCAUUGCCUCCGGCCAAGGUCUCUACUUCCCGAACGUCACACAGGAUCUCGUUUCCCGGUACAUCUGCAAUGCCAUCAACGAAGCUGGUGAAGCCAGACGUAUCUUCGAUCCAACUCUGAUCUGUAAGUUCACAACGGCAUGAUAACUUUUAGAAGAGCGACCAGGUGCCUCGUGAUUUUCCUAACUAAGUCAUGUCCAGCGUCAUCUUUUCACUCUGUGAGGUUUCUAGCAGAUAUUUAAGCGCACACGGUCGACUGAUUGUGUUUGCUGAAAACAAGUUUCCGCGGAGGUCGUACUGGAACUCCCCUUAGUGGCAUCAUUGGUAGAACUGUGCUUAAAGAAUCAAUAGUCGAAAUAUCCACAGUAGUUAUGGCAUUAGGGUAAGGCGAUUCCAUACUAACAGCACAGGUAGUUGUCAAAAGCCCAUACACACAUAUUUCGCCGAUAUUCUGCCGCUUCAUAACACAGCUGCGGCUCGUCAGUGGGUCCCCAGCAUUCCCUUUCUGCUUUCUGAUCUACUCCAAGUUCGCAGUUAAUUUCUAAUGAAAUUAAAAAGCAGCAAUUUCUAAAUUGGAGUAUCUACUAGAAAGCAGACGGGGAAUGCUGGGGGAUCCACUGACGAGCCAAACCCCCCGCAGCUGUGUCAUGAAGCGGCAGAAUAUCGACGAAACACGCGUGUAUGGGCUUUUGGCCACUACUAGCUGUCUGUCUGCAGUUAAUGCCCAUUACGCGAUUAUCCAGUAUGGUUGAUUGAUUCGGCCCAAAUAUUCAUACAUAAAAAACUUUGGUGUGAGCUUAUGCAACUUAGAUAUACUGAUCCACCUCAAGUUCGCGGUUGAUUUCUAAGGAAAUUUAAAGAAACCAACAAUUAUAGCAUUACACGUUGUGGCAUUUAUAAGGUUAAAGUUAGACGACAAGCAUUAAUUAAAUUAUACUACCGCUAAAAUUACUGAGCAUGGCGUUGACAGAGGCCGUAGCUUUUGUAGUAGCGAUAUUACUAGAAGCUAAUGUUAUGUUUAUUUCAAUACUGUGCAAAUAGAAACCACUGAUGCAAUUUAGCCAGUGCUUUUUUUAUCUGACGGUUUAAAUUCCUUUUUUUAAAGAUCCGCCAGUUUUGGUCGAACCGGAAGGAGAAAAUCCCAGACCGAUCAUCAGAGGUGGCGACACGAGACUCUCUUGUGAGUGGGACGCUCAUCCGGAGGCGACGGUUGAGUGGUUCAAGGGCGGAGAACCGAUAGAUUAUAUGGAACAUCCGCGCGUGAACAUUUCGAUACGGAACACAGUGGUGAGUGGGAACUUGCUUAUACGGAGAAAUUGUAAAAGUCCGUCCUUGUGA